GACUUUUAAAGAUAAAAACUAAUUUUGGUUGGGGAAAUUAGAGCAAAUGGCCGAGGUUUUAAGUGGUAAAACGGUUUCGGCGGAUAUUCGCCAGAAUCUUAAAGAUGAAAUUGAAAGUAUACAGAAGAAAAAUCCUAACUUUUUACCCAGCUUGACUGUGGUUCAGGUUGGUGGAAGGGAAGAUUCUAAUGUAUAUAUCAGUAUGAAAAUGAAGGCAGCUAAAGAAGUCGGAGUGAAAGCUUGUCAUAUAAAUCUACCCAGAUCAUCAACUCAGAGUGAGGUUUUACAAACAGUGGUAAGAUUAAACAAUGACUCCAGUGUACAUGGUAUUAUAGUUCAGCUACCAAUGGAAUCAGACAAUCCUAUUGAUGCUCAUCUGGUCACCAAUUCUAUUUUACCAUCUAAAGAUGUAGAUGGAUUACAUCAAGACAAUGCUGGUAGAUUAUGUCGAGGUGAUUUAGAUAAUUGUAUGAUAUCGUGUACACCAAGAGGAUGUUUAGAAUUAAUACGCAGAACAGGUAUAGAUAUUAAAGGUAAAAAAGCCGUAGUUAUCGGUAGAAGUAAAAUAGUUGGAGCUCCUAUGUCUGAUUUACUCACCUGGAACCAUGCCACUGUUACUGUCUGUCAUUCCAAAACUCAGGAUAUCAAAGCUGAGACUCUACAAGCUGAUAUACUGGUAGUAGCUAUCGGUAAACCACAGUUUGUGAAAGGUGAUUGGAUAAAACCUGGUGCUGUUGUUAUAGAUUGUGGAAUCAACUCUAUACCAGAUGCCAGUAAGAAAUCAGGGAAGAGGUUGGUCGGUGAUGUAGAUUACGAAGAAUGUAAAGAAAAAGCCAGCUGGAUCACUCCUGUACCAGGAGGGGUGGGGCCGAUGACAGUUGCUAUGUUACUUCAGAAUACUGUGGAAUCAGCUAAACGUAAAACUGAUAUAGCUGGGGAUGGUAACAAAUGGAAUUUACAGCCUUUGAAACUGAAUUUAAAAACACCAGUUCCUAGUGAUAUAGAAAUAGCCCAGUCUCAGACACCUAAAGAUAUUGAUCUACUAGCUAGAGAGAUUAACCUACAGAGUGAGGAGGUUGAUUUAUAUGGAAAGAAAAAAGCAAAAGUUUCUCUCAAAGUUUUGGAUCGAUUACAAAAUCAACAGAAUGGAAAAUAUGUUGUUGUUACAGGGAUCACGCCUACUCCCCUGGGAGAAGGUAAAAGUACAACAACAAUUGGUUUAGCUCAAGCUCUCGGUGCUCAAUUAAAAACUAAUUGUUUUGCUUGUGUACGACAACCUUCACAAGGUCCUACUUUUGGUAUCAAAGGUGGGGCAGCAGGGGGAGGCUACUCUCAAGUCAUACCAAUGGAAGAAUUUAACUUACAUUUAACUGGAGACAUCCAUGCUAUUACGGCAGCCAAUAAUCUGCUAGCAGCUGCUAUAGAGGCUAGAAUGUUUCAUGAAUCAACUCAGAAAGAUGAGGCGCUGUAUAAUCGUCUGGUACCAGAGAAGAAAGGAAAGAGGGAAUUUUGUCCGAUUCAGAUUUCUAGAUUAGAGAAACUAGGUAUAACAACUAGAGAUCCAAACAGUUUAACAGAAGAUGAAAUAAAACAGUUUGUAAGAUUAGAUAUUGAUGUUGACACUAUAACUUGGCAGAGAGUAAUGGAUACCAAUGAUAGAUUUUUGAGACGUAUAACAAUUGGACAAGGUCCUCUAGAGAGAGGGCACACCAGAGAGACCCAGUUUGAUAUUACAGUAGCUAGUGAGAUAAUGGCUAUUUUAGCUUUAACUACAAGUCUUAAAGAUAUGAGAAGUCGUCUGGGUAAAAUGGUAGUAGCCAGUAGUACAGCAGGUGUUCCUGUUACUGCAGAUGAUUUAGGUAUCAGUGGAGCUCUAACAGUCUUAAUGAAAGAUGCUAUUAGACCAAAUCUCAUGCAGACAUUAGAGGGAACUCCAGUGUUUGUACAUGCAGGACCGUUUGCUAAUAUAGCUCAUGGUAAUUCUUCUAUAAUAGCUGAUAAAAUAGCAUUAAAACUGGUAGGAGAAGAUGGUAUUGUUGUAACUGAAGCAGGAUUUGGUGCUGAUAUUGGUAUGGAGAAAUUUUUCAAUAUAAAAUGUCGGUACUCUGGUUUGAUACCAAACGCUGUAGUGUUAGUAGCUACUGUCAGGGCGUUGAAGAUGCACGGUGGAGGACCCACAGUUACAGCAGGUGUACCACUACCUAGAGAAUAUAUAGAGGAGAAUUUAGACCUGGUAGAAAAAGGUUGCAGUAAUUUGAAUAAACAGAUAGAAAAUGCCAAUAAAUUUGGGGUUCCAGUUGUUGUUGCUGUCAAUGGUUUUGCAACUGAUACGAAGUCAGAGUUAGAAUUAGUUCAGAAGAUAUCGAAAGCUAAUGGAGCGUUUGAUGCUGUAAUCUGUAAUCUAUGGGCUGAGGGUGGACAGGGGGCGACAGACCUAGCCCAGGCUGUAAAACACGCUAGUCAACAAUCUAGUGAUUUUAAAUUUCUCUAUGAUGUCAAGUUACCAGUAGAAGAAAAGAUAGAGAUAAUAGCUAAAGAAAUUUAUGGUGCUGAUGGGAUAGAAUUAUCACCUGAGGCUAAGGCUCAAAUAGAUAGAUACAAGAAACAGGGUUUUAAUGACCUACCAAUCUGUAUGGCUAAAACACAUCUCUCCUUGUCACAUAAACCAGAGUUAAAGGGAGCCCCUACAGGAUUUGUAUUACCAAUACGCGAGGCUAGAGCCAGUAUCGGGGCUGGUUUUAUUUAUCCCUUGAUUGGCACAAUGAGUACAAUGCCUGGAUUACCAACACGACCCUGUUUCUAUGAUAUAGAUAUAGACCCAGUAACAGAGGAGAUAGUUGGUUUAUCUUAACUCUAGGUUUUAAUCAGAUAGAAUUUAGUCUGAAUACAGUCCUCUUAUUAUUGAACACAUUUAGUGUAGAAUUGAUCAAAAAAGAUCAAAAAACAGUUUCAUACCAAUAUAUGAGUAGCGAAUACAUGAGUAGCGGUAUUGUAUUUGGCAAUAGCCAGAAGUAAAGAAAACAAUUUAAAUCAGACUUAUAUUCAUUACUUCUUAACUAUCCCAAUAUAAAACGGACUCAAUGCUUUAUGUUUGAACCACUCCAAAUGUAUACAAACUGCUACAAUUGUUAAUAUACAUGUAUAGAGUUCAACAAACACCAGUGUUCUUUAAUAAAGAGAGUUGUUCGCACUAUAUUCAGUCUAAUAUAAAACCUUUCAACUACAGCAAUAUUCUUUCUUCAUGACCACAAAUCUUUAUGUUAUAGUUAUGUACUGUUCUUUGAUUAUUAAUCAGAUUAUAAUACAGCUCUAGAUAGUUUGUUUUGUUUAUUUCCAAUGGGCUACUUCUCUGAUUCUAAAUAUGACAGUAUAAGUACAUUGAAACCUGAAAAGACCUUUCAAGACCAUUGUAAAUCAGCAUGUGCUCUGAAUUCAUUCCUUAUAUGUGGUGAAAACGCUUUUACUGAACAGAGCAUGCAUUAAUGAACAUACCUUUCAAAGCAAUGUUGUCAGAUCAAGUAUGAGUGAAGUAACCUAUUGAAAAUAAACCAAGAUGAAAUAUCUAGAAGUAUAUUUUAAUUUUACUUCAUCUAUAUGAUUUUAAAUAUGAUUCAAAGUGCCAUAAUUGACAAUAGUCUUAAAUUGAGAACAUUAUAGCAUUUUAAAUAUUAAUCUUGACUGUUAUCUAUUAUCUAAUACUGUUUGUUAUUAUACCUUGACCAUUGUGAAGAUGAUCAAAAUGCUAAAAAAAACUGUAAUUAUACAAAUAUCUAUGCAAUAAUCAUAAUUAAAGGAACCCAUCGUCUCAUUUGCUUCCGAUCUCAUCACAGUAUUUAAUAACAUUUCUAAUAUUCUAUCUAAAUAUAUUAACUGUAAUGAUAUCUAAAGAUCUAUGCAAUAAUCGUAAUUAAAGGAAAAAUUAAUCGUCUCAUUUGCUUCCAACUUCAUGACAGUAUUAAAUUAGUGUUUAUUUUCAUCACAAAUCAGUCUUUAUAUUGUAUAAUUCUGGUUUAUUUUGGUUUUGCUAAUAUCAGUUUUGUUAAUGUUUCAAUGAAAUAUAAAAAAUAAUUUUUACCAAU